AUGGGUUUCGGCAACAUCUGUGCAAAUCCCCUGAGGGUCAGUGCCACCGACUACAGGGCCCUGCGUGAGUGUGGUCUGCUGUUACGCCUUCCCACCAGGAGAGGGCGACGUAAAGGUUACUUAACCCGGAAACCAGCUGAUAGUGCAAAGCUUGGCCUUGUUAAUGCGCGCUCUGUUGCGUCGAAAGCGGAACUUCUGAUCGACCACAUUGACACCAAUAAUCUCGAUCUGUUGGCGGUAACUGAAACUUGGCUAACUGUUGAUCGUGGUGAUGCGAUCACUCUUUCUCUCUGCCCCGAAGGCUUCGCUGCGAUUCAUAAUCCGCGGAGGUCGGGUAAACAGGGCGGGGGCGUGGCUCUUUUUUACAAAAACACCAUCGAUGUUAAACGCCAGAGUGAGCCGGUUUCCAUCUCUUUCGAGUGCCUUCACUUGUUAGUCUCCUUGCGAUCCUCAUGCCAAAAUUUCCGUUUGCUCAUUAUCUACCGUCCACCGAAGCAGGAUCGCGAGCAAGUUCAAGCGUUCAUGUCUGAAUUUGGUCUACUUCUGGAGGGAAUCGUCUCAUCUCGCGAAAAGCUUGUAAUAGUUGGGGAUUUCAAUUUUCACGUUGAUUCACCACUGAAUCCAUCGGCCUGCAGUUUUCUCGACCUGAUCGACUCGUUCGGUCUUGUGCAACUAGUCAACGUGGCGACACACGACAAAGGGCAUACUUUAGAUCUAGUUCUUACUCGUGCCUCAGACGAUCUCAUUUCAGAAGUGUCACUAGCAGGACUUUUCAGCGAUCACUUUGCCAUCAGUUGCUCUUUGAACCUUAAGCGCCCUCUACAUCCUACGAAAACGGUGUCGUACAGAUCGUUCAAGUCAAUCAACAUUGAAGAUUUUGUCAAUGAUCUCAAAUGUCUACCUUUGCUGUGUGACCCUGCUCUCUCUCUUGAGAGUCUCGUUGACCAAUACGACAUGGGGAUUGGUGAAUUACUUCUGAAGCAUGCACCUUUGCGUACGAAGACUAUAACUCUUCGACAUAGAGCCCCAUGGCUGACUGGCGAGAUUCGCUUGCAUCGAUCUAAGCUUAGAAAGACUGAGCGUGUCUGGCGGAAGUCUGGACUCAAUGUUCAUUUACGGAUUUUUCGUGAAUGCUGUUCCAUGCAUGCUUUUCUUCUGAAACGUGAGAAGACUGGCUACCUGAACGCAAAGGUGAUGGAGUGCUUGGGUGAUCAGAGAUCUCUCUUUCGUCUCGUCAGUACUCUGACUGGCAAGCCAACAAUGUCUCCACUUCCAUCCCACUCGUCUGGCCAUGACCUUGCCACGAAGUUUAGCGAUUUUUUUCGCCAAAAAAUCAUGACGAUCAGACUUGGAAUCGAUGCGGCUGCCGCGUCAGUGGACAAUCAAGACCAUCCAUUCCUCAAAGAUGCUCAGUUCCUUUCAUCCAGACGUGAGUCCGACCGCCUUCACGUGUUUAAACCGGUCAGCCCAGAUAGUGUCAAAGCUAUAAUCGUGUCUUCACCAACAAAAUCCUGCUGUCUGGACCCACUACCAACUUGGCUCCUGAAGAAGGUAUUACACGUGUUGGUGGAUCCAAUCACUAAGAUUAUCAAUCUUUCACUUUCGUCCGGCGCCUUCCCUCCAAAGAUGAAACAUGCACUGGUUACUCCCUUGUUGAAGAAACCUUCCCUUGAUCCUGAAGAGCUCUCAAAUUACAGACCCGUUUCUAAUUUGUCGUACAUAUCGAAACUCAUUGAACGGGUUGUCGCUGCUCAGAUUCAUGAACAUUUUUCGGCCAAUUCUAUACUGUCCGUCCAUCAGUCGGCAUACCGUUUGAAUCAUUCAACCGAAACAGCACUUUUAUGUAUUUGUGAGGAUCUACUGGCUGCGGCGGAUCGUGGGGAUGGUGCUGCACUUCUUCUUUUGGAUCUUAGCGCUGCGUUCGACACCAUCGAUCAUACCAUCUUGAUGCAGAGACUUUCAUCUCACUGUGGAGUAUCGGGAGUUGCCCUGGAUUGGUUUUCCUCCUAUCUUGACGGCCGUUCUCAGUCUGUUGUUGUGAAUGCUCUGCCAUCUGACAGCGUCACUCUAACUUCGGGGGUCCCACAGGGCUCUGUACUUGGCCCGCUUCUUUACCUCGCCUACGCGAAUCCUCUUUCGUCGGUGCUAGAAGGUACCAAUCUUAACAACGGUGGCCUAAACGUUCUGAAGAUGGGUCAGUUCUCUGAUGACACUCAGCUCCGGAUUGGCUUUCGACUCCGUCCCGCUCCAUCUCAACAGCUAUCGGCCCUAAGCAUGAUGGCAAGUUGUGCAGCGCGCUCGGAAACUUGGUUUACUGCAAAUCGAGUGAAGCUUAACGUGUGUAAGAGCGAACUUCUCUACACAUCGACUCCGAACCGAUCCAAGCUGAUUGAAAAUCUACCUCUUCAGGUUGGAGAUGACUUGGUUCAACCUUCUCUAGUGGUGAAAAAUCUUGGAGUGAUCUUCGACAGCAAUUUGACCAUGAUCCCGCAUAUCAACAGCGUGUGCAAGUCAGCAUUUUUUCACAUUCGCACACUGGGAAAAAUCAGGAAAUACCUGUCACCACAUGCGGCGAAAACCUUGGUUCAAGCUAUGGUUCUUUCCCGACUGGACUACGCCAACUCGCUGUUUGCUGGUCUUCCAAAGGAACAGAUCCUGAGACUGCAGAGAGUCCAAAACGCUGCUGCCAGAUUGAUUGUCGGAGCGAGGAGGUUUGAUCCUGUUUCCAACCAUCUCAAAACCCUGCGUUGGCUGCCAGUCAACGAGCGCAUCAGCUUUAAGUGUUUGGUUUUGGCCUUUAAGUGUCUGCAUGGAUAUGCCCCUCCAUAUUUGUCAUCCCUGAUUGAGCGUUACAACCCACCACGGACCCUCAGAUCGUCGUUUUCUAGUGAUCUAGCUGUCCCACCAGGAAAACCUGGGCUCUAUGGCUCGCGCACAUUCUCAAGAAUGGGUCCGAGGCUGUGGAACGACCUGCCGGAUAACAUCAAGAAAAUGACGGAGCUGAAGAAUUUUAAAACUCUGUUGAAAUCCUAUUUGUUCAGUAAAUGUUAUAAAUGA